CCAGAGCCUGACACGGGGCUCAAUCUUGUGACCUGAACCGAAACCAAGAGUCAGAUGUUUAACUGACUGAGCCACCCAGGCGCCCACCAUUAAGGCCUUUUAAAAAGCGUUCCUCGGGGAGGUGACGCCUCCCCGGCUCUGCUGUCGGCUUGCUGUGUGAGCUCGGGCCCUUCCCUCCCCCGCUCUGAGCCUCCAUUUUGCCACCAUCUCUGUGACCUCCACCGCCGCCAUCUGGUGAGUCUCUGGAAGGUUCUGAGGCCCCAGGUUUGGAGCGGCUGCCUCGGGUGUCUGUAGGUGCCCCUGGGUCUUCGGGCUGGGACCCCACUUCUGGGGGUCUCCCCUGGGGAAGGGGAAAAGAUCUAGGCCCGCAGACAGAGGCGUGCGUCCUCACGCCUCUCCGGAACACGAGAAGCGGAGCAGCCGGGUAGGGUCCGGCGUUGACGUCUGGGCCAGGCGGCUGUGAUGGAGCCACCGGAGGGCACGCCGUGUCGAGACGCUGCGAGGAAAGGCCGAGGCAGCCCGCCUCGACACACAGCGAGCCCCUCCUGGGAGCGGGUCCGCCCAGGGCUCAGCAGAGGUGGGCCGAGCGUCUGCUGCGUCUUUCUCGCUUGCGCAGAUCUUGUUGAAUGAAGAAAACGUCACUUAAGCCACAAAGCCCACCGCCUGGCCGGGGUGACACUGACUCACAUCAUCACCGCAUAUUGCGCCCCGAAACCAGAGACGUUGAUGUCGUGGGGGCCAGCAAGGCGGCGCCCUGGCCGGGGCGUGUUUGGGGCCAUUGAAAAUGAGCAGAGGUGACUUGGGGGGGGUGCUGAAGGGGCCGCUGAGGUUGGGGAGUGCGUGGGGGCCCCUCAAGGCCGAUGCUGGUGGCUGUGCUGCCGCGUCGGGGCGGGGCCCGUCCUCAAGCGUCCGUCCGCGUGCGGAGCGUUCAGAGCGUGAUGUCUGGAAGGGACGUCUGUGGAGCACAGUUCUGUGGUCACGUUAGCACUGGGCCCGGUACUUUGCCCUUAAGAUGCCUUGACAUCCUUUUCGACAAACCCCGACUCCGUAGAGCUCAAGGUGGGUGUGCGAACAGAGGCGCACCAGGGAGUGGCUCACUUUUCCGGAACCGAGUUGGGGAUUAGCGUGGCGUCGGCAGCUGACCUGCGGGAGGACCCCCCGUGGGCCCCGACACUUGCCGUCGGGAGUUUCGUGUUCGUUCGGCUUCUGAUGUCAGGCGCUGUAAAUGGCUGCUUUUUAAGCUACAAAACUGGGGCCCAGAGAGGCCAGGCUUCUGAAGGCCACGGAACCCGGGAGAUUCUACGUGGCCGUCUGGCAGCCGCAGCCUGGGCUCCUCCCCGGGGCCAGCGGCUCUGCCACUGGAUGCCGUGUCCUCGGGGAUCUGGGCUUCCUGUGCCCUUACCACGCCGGCCAUCGGCGCCCCACGUCCCUGCCGGGGCCGUGUUGACCCCAAUGAAGCCGCAGGAUGUGGCUGCCCACAAGCUCACGGCCUACUUCUGACCCCUCCCGGCCUGUCUUGGGUCCCUCUGAGGCCUUGGGUGUCCAACAGGACCCAGGGCCAGACCUCCUUCCUUCCCACUUCUGCACCUAAGUCGAGGGUGUGCUCUGCGUGAUUCAUUAGCAACUGGCUCUUGUGGGGAGGAUGUUUCUCCUACACGUGACCUUGGAGAAAGGCCAAGUUUAAUGCCGAGGAGACGUGUGGACUAGGCAGGCCGAGCCCUCUGGGGGUCUGGGCUUCCGUGGCUCUGGGCCCUGCGGCUCGGCCAACAUCAGGGUUCCUGCUGGGGGCUCUGAGCUCCUGCCGCACGGUGUCCACUCGGGCCCCAGGCGACUUGGUCACUGGUAAGACAAGAGGCUGGGAAGGAAUUUCUCCAGGAUGACCCAGAGACUCACCCCUGCGUCCCGUCACCUUGUUCUGCAAGUGACCCCUGACGUUCAGACGACUGACCGUGCACCACCCUCAGGCCCUGCCCCUGCCUCUGGAUCAGCCUGUCCCCGUCAGAGCACAAGGCCCCAGCUGUGUGAGUGAGGACCGUCUCCCCGGACCCUUGGCCUCAGUCUGCCCAUCUGUAAAGUGGGAUUGGCCUGGGCCCAGGCUUUCCCUCUGCACAGGCAGGGAGGGGUGGCCUGUGCCUGGGCCCAGGGCCCCCGGAGCAGUCCUGCGUGUAUCUGCCUUCCAUCUGGGGUUCUGAGCAAGACGUGCUAAAGGUGCGGAGACCACGGGCAGCACAGAGUCGGAAAGACAUGGGCCCUUGGGGUGUAUCCACCGCCCAUCGGGCGGUGCGGCAGAGGGGGCUUCCUGUCCAGCGGGUGUUUGAUGGGGCAGCGCCUCUCGCCCACAGGACGUGGGCAGGGGCUCCCCGGAGGGGACACGAGCAGGAGGUGGGCUGUCACCGGACGGAGGCAGAACAGGAGCCUCGAGGUUUGGGACGUGGCUCGGGGUCCCGUCGGGCAGGGCCCUGGGUGCUGUGGGAGGUCGGGGAGGGGCUGGGGCCGGUCUCCCCGGUGUCCCCGCCCCCGGCGCUGCCCUGGCACGGCCGGUCCUGCCAGCUGUCCCUGCGCCUGCCAGCAAUGGGCAGGAAGAAGCCGGCAGCCUGGACCCCGGGGUGGGAUGUGCUGGGAUGUCCCCGGAAUGCGGGCCAGCCCCUCCGGCCAUCUGGUCAGAGGCCACCCCGCCACCAGGCAAAUGAAGACCACCCUUCGAGGGUCUGGGGCAAAGGAGGAUUUUCCUGUGGAAGGAGGCCAUGAGCCUACACUCUCGCCUGCCUCCCCGCAUCGCCGCCCCGAGCCGGGCCAUCUCCUCCGUAAGGCGGGAGAGCGUCAGUGCCACCGCCCUGGGCAAGAGCUUCUCCCCAGACCACCCGGAGCCCCUCGAGAGGGUAAGCUCAGGGUGGCGGGAGCUUGGGCAGGAGGAAGCUUCCAGAGAAGGCACUGCCUGCCCCCCCCCCAACUUUUUCUGGCCAGGUCCCCCUGGGCCUCCACGCAGGAGAGGCGGCCGCACUUCCAGAGUGGACAUUACCCCUCCCUGCCGCUGCGGGGCCUGUCCCUGCCCCGGGCUAUUGGCUGCCUUUGUCUUUCUGGGGCUCCACAAAAUGGCCGCCGCAGCCUUCCGCCAUUUUGUGUCUGAGGCAGGCGGGCGGGUGGCCGGCGGGGGAGGAGGGAGGGAGACCACCGCCCGCCCGCCUGCCCCGAGUGGCCUGGACGGAGCCCAGCAGCAGCCCCCGCCCCAGCCCGGCCUUGGCCGCGGCUGCCCUGGGCUUGGCACCAGCCAGAGUCUUGGCAAGGCCGUCCGGGAACCCCGGCCCUUCACCCAGCCCGCCGGCCCCCUCGCCACCCCCCAGCCUCCCCUGACGAGCAGACGGAGAUGCUGUAGACCAGAGCCCAGAAGAGCUGUAAUUAAAGCCAUGCUCCUGGAGGGAGUCCUGGCAGCCACGGGGCCGGCACGGACAGUUCUAGAAAUGACGCUCGCCCGAGUGGGUGGGGAUGGGCUCCCUGGACCCACCGUGACCAGGGCCCCAUCUGUUUCAGGCCACACUGGGGAGACCAGCGGCCCCCUCAGUCCUACACCAGCCACCCUGCCCCCUUACCUGCCUGAGGAGCCUCCGGGCUCCCUGGCUGGGCCUCGUGCUGGGCCCGGGGCUCACGGAGGUCAGUCAGGUUUCCGGUCUGGACGCAGCUACUGCCCGUCCUCAGGAAGCAGGGACGGGGGGCUUCCUGGAGGAGGUGAGCUCUGCAGCCGGGCUUCCCGUGGGGCUGGGGCCAGCCGAGAAUCUAAGGUGCACCAGGCUGGGGGUGAGCCCGUUCCAGCCCAGCCCGCUGCCCUACGCAGUCCUCUCUUCCGCGGGACCCACAUCCCCCGAACCUUGGCUUCCCUGAAGGGCAUUUUGCGGAGCUGGGAGCAACCAGGCGUCUCCCUCCUCGUCAGAGAGCCUCCGGCCUCCUCCUGUGCCUCCUGCUCUCGUUCUGCGCACAGCGUUCUCAAGCUUGCCCCUCUGACAACACCCAGUGGGUCGGAGGGAGCACCCUACAGAGGGGAGUCGGUCGGGCAGGAAGUGGGCGCACGGCAUCCGGACAGCCUUGGCUGCGGGGCCUGGGAGCAAUAUCAGGGAGACGCGGUUGUCCCUGGGCCCGUUCACUGGAGGAACAGGGACUCCAUCGGCCUCGGCAGGUGGAAGGGAGCCGCCGGCCUGCCGGGCGUCGAUGCCCACCCGUGGUACCCAGCCGUGAGGCCGUCAGAGGGCAGUGGACCUCCUAGAGGAGGUUCGUAGAAACGUCCUCGUAGAGGAGGGAAUGGCAUUUGAGGAGAGCAGGCGCCUUUUAAAGGGGCUGGUGCGGAUUCUCAGGCAGCAUGCGGGGUAACGCAGGCGCCGUGGGGGCAAGCGCCGGCCUGUGUCCCCUGCAUCGCCGAGGGUCAGUUACACGCCGUCGAGGGGUAGAAAGCAGGCGUGCAGCAGGGCAGGGCCCCGGGAGCUGCGAGACGGCUUUCCCAGACACCUGUGGCCCAGCCAAGCCCUUCAGGCUGGGAAGGCCGCUGGACGCUGCCCCAGGCCCUUCCCAGACGCUCUCUCCUUGCGGUUCCCAGAGAGAACAUUCCAUCACCAUGAAGUGAGGUUUACUCACGCCCCGGCUCCCUCUGGGGAAGGCCUGCCGGACGGGAUGGUGACCACACGCCAGGCCAGGCGCAGAGCCUCCUGGAGGAGCCGGGAGCCCCGCAGCGGAACGACCGACCGUCUCGGAGGGGGCGGCCGCCAGGUGUGGUUGCCGCGGGGCGGGGUUCAUGCUGGGUGUUUUUAAUGGUACGGGUGCGUCCGGUCCCCUCCCUUACCCCUGCUCCUCGCCUUGUGACCCAGACUGUGGCCCGAACUGAGAACAUUUCAAGUCCGCGUGCGCCUUUGAGGCUGACGCUGUGGCUUCUGACACCCGACGGAGACACGCUCGGGAUCAGAGAGGGCUCUGCGUUCGUGCUUUUCCCUUUGGAAUUUGAGCGAACCCUGGACAGAACAGCCUCCCCGGCCGACGCCUUCUCCCCGGGCACAGAGGCACCUUGCCCUUCCUUCUGACAGCCGCCGGCAUCCGGGUCCCACUCUACAGGGUGGGCGGCUGAGGCCGGAGGUACCAACCUGCCCACGGCUCGCCGCCAGAGCAGGGGGCCCGGACCGUGACCCGGUGGACCUCCGAGCCAGCUGUCCCCUCCUCCCGCCUGCCCACAGCCCCCGUCGAUGCCAGUGUGUCUGCAGAGCUGGCCAGCCUCCCCGGGCAGCGCCAGCCCCAGCCCCCCCGGCUUCCCAAGUGGUCCUUUCUGGGACCUCCGAACUCGGGCAAAUGUGGCAGUGACAGUUCAGCCUCCUCUGUAUGCCUGGCCCUCCUCCAGGCUCAGGACAUCACGGCGGGCCCGGCCCCUGCCCUGGGGAGCACCCAUUUCCCCAGGCCUGGCCACCUUCACCACGCCAGCUCGGAGGCCUCUGGGGACAGGAAAGCAAGGAGCUGGAGUGGGACAGUCUUCUGAGGCGACAGCCGUGGGGGAAGCUGGACAGGGAAGGUGCCAACGAGAGAACGCUUUGGGGCCCUGAGACAGAAGGAGGGCUGGGGCCGGGGCUCCGUCUGGAGGCGUCACCCACCUGCGUGGCCUUUGCGGCCCAGAGGGAAGCGGGGCCGUGGAAAGAGCCUGGGGCCAGAGAAAUUUGGAUCCCAGCUCUGGUUCUGCUGGCCCACCCCCCCCCCCCCCCAGACAGGCUUUUGGGGGCCGUGAGGCCACCGGGCCUCGUACUCCCUGAGCGGAGGAGUCAGUCUUUAGGUUGGAGGUUUUUCCGUCACGGGUAUUCUCGCGUUCAUUGUGAGAAUUUUACUUCAAAAUAACUUGUCCUCGUCGCUUGAGUUUCGGCGCCCCAUAAAUUGUGUGCCGGAGGUGAGGGUCUGGCUGGCUCCCUGCUGCCUGGCCACACCAGGCCCACAGUGGGCACACGGUCCCUGUGCACGUCGGUCAGACUGCCUGGUACGCAUGUCUCCUGAACUUUAUGGGCCGUGUUUGCAGGGACAGACCCACGCCCCCCCCCCCCGCCACUGCCCGGGCCCCCGGAUGCCACCCCUACAGCUUUUUCCCAGACUCCAUUGUUGGCACGGCUUGCCGAGCAGAAACACUGGCCGCUUUAUGGGGAGAAACCUAAUCGGGGCGGCAGUGGCGGGGGGCAGCCACGGGGGGGCUCCCGGCUCUCAGUGGCCCCGAGCCAAGCCCGAGGUGACCGCGGGGUGACACCGUCUGUCUGCCUCCCUUGCUCCAGACAUCCGCCCAGCCCUGAAAGGGCCACCUGCCCGCCGAGGCCUCCCACACACACCUGUCCCUGGCCGGCCCGGCCCCUCCCACCGGGGCCCGCCCAGCACCCUGCCCACAAGCGGACACCGAGGGGGACUGGGAUGGGGCCGCUGCCCACCACUCUCCCCCGCAGCCCUGCUCAGGGAGCCCCGUUCACAGUGCGCUCCUGCCCCUGCCGCCAGCCCUCCUCCAGGCUGACGGGGAAGGGUCUCUUUGGUCUGUCUCGGGAUUCCUCCCCAGGCCGAGGGCGCUGGUGAUUCGUGGGACUUGCCCGGCAGGUGGACCCGGCCAAUCUUCCCCUCCAGCUCAGACUCCCCGAGUUGGGGCCUUUUCCCCGCUAGCUCAGAAAUGUCUCUGCACAUGGGUCACCGACCCAGAAACGUAAACCCUGCCCCUGACCCAAAAAACCCCCUCUCCAGAGCUGUUGGCUAAAGAAAGCCGCGUUUUGGGUGAGCUCUGUUUUGGUAAGGGCAGAGCCAGAGUGGGGACCCUGCUGGGGGUCAUGAUACCUGCUUCCUGGUCACCUAGAGAAAUUUGAAGCAGGCUGUUGAGUAUGCAGGAAACACGCCCCAGGCCCCUGGGGAGAGUGGAUUCCCGCCUCCUCCGCGGGCACCGCUCCCACCCACAGCACCACCUGCCGCAGGGCCGGGUCUCACAGACGUGAGCACAGCUGGUCCCAGAGCUGGGAUUCCCUUUGGGGGCCCCCCGAGGCUUCCGGAUGGGCAGUGAGAGAGGCCCAUGGUGCGGGAGACGGGGCCCUCGUGGGCGAGGAGCUGGGACAAGUGGGGCUGUCAUCCCCAGCAGAGAACAAGCAAGGACAGAGACAGAUGGGCCGGGCGGCUCAGAGGAGGCCUGCCCUGGGCAUUUUUCUUUUCCUUGGAGGACGCAUCUUGCUGGCUUCCCCGCCCCCACCCCCACUUUACGCCAGAGUCCCGAACGGUCGCCUGGCCUGAAUGGCCCAGAACCAGAGGGGUUCUGUGAUCCUUCGAGCAAGCCCUGGCUGAGGCCUCAGGCCGGGUCCUGGGAGCCCCUUCCUCGGGGUUCUGCUCUUGGGAGGACCCCAGGCCUUGCUUGCCACAGGGCAGGAGCCCCCGCCCGCCUAGAGCUCUGGAAAGCGGGGACCUCAGCUCCUCCCUCUUGGGUCCUCCCUACUCCAGGUCCCAGAACAUCUGUGCCAGCUUGGCGUGGGAACGUCGGUGGUCUUGACCAUUCGGGGACAAGCCCGGGUCUCAGUCAUCUCUGACCCAGAGUCGUCCAGCUCACGGCGGCCACGGAGGCCGUUGUCUCCAGGCCCUCGCGGGGAGCGUGUCCCUGGCACUGGAGUGCGGGAUGUGAGGGUUGGUGGGGUGUGCCCGGGCAGGAGCCACAGAGCGGCCGUGGGCGUGUUUCUCCCACACCUGAUCCUUGUUACUUUUUCUCUAA